AAAUUUGCUUUCAACGAACAUAAUUUUCUUUUAUAAAUUCAGAAAUUAUUAUUAUACCAUUAUUUUGGUCCAAAUUUAAUGGACAACUAUUAAAUAUUUAUUGGAAUCCAAACACUUUAAUAAUACACGAAUAAAUCACCUCAUUAAAGUAUUAAUAUGUUAUUAUCAAGUGUUUCUCGUAGAUUAAUAAAUUCUUUUAUGCUAAACAAUAUUUGCUCACAAUGUAUCCAAAAACAAUCUUUAGUCUUAACCAAACAGUUAUUCACAUACUCUUGGGUCCGUCAAAAUUCCAGCAGCAAUAAAAAAAAUGAAGAAUUUAUUAAAACUUCAUCUGAUAAGUAUAAAGUAUUUAAAGAUGAUGAAUCGAUGGUUAUUUUAGAUAUUGAAGAAGAACGUGCAUUACAUGAAGUUGAUCAUAGAGAACUGAAUCAAGAUUUUUUUGAAAAAGAUGAAUUUUCUGGUCUUAAUAUUACACGUGGUGUUUCUGGAGUGUAUGAAGUAGAAGAUUUAGUAGAAGUAUUAAAUAAAGAUAAUGCUAUAGAUAUUUUUGUAGCUUCAGUUCCACAUAAUGUAAGGUAUGUUGAUUACAUUGUUAUUGCAUCUGGAAAAUCAUCUAAACAUUUAAUGGCAAUUGCUGAAUUUGUUAUCAAAUUGUAUAAAAAGAAACGAGGGCCAAUGGAUCUUAUACCAAGAAUAUUGAACAAAAAACCAACUGACUGGAUUGCAUUAGAUUUGGGUAACAUAGCUCUACAUUUGUUAACUACAAAAUCAAGAGAAAACUUUGAUUUGGAAACGUUCUGGAGUGUAGGAGAGAAGUACGAUACUCUUAUCAACGCCCCCGAAGAUUCGCUUGUCACCCUAUUAAAUGAGAAUUCGUUCAGCUUGGAUGGACUGGAACCUCGCGUCGAUAGUUCUCAGCAAAAUAAUUGACUGUAACAAAUAAAUAAAAAAAUCGAUAGAUAGCAUCAAUUGUUUUUAUUAUAAAUUACUUGUAAAAAAAUAUAUUAAGUUUUUCAUUAUUA